UUAAGGCCCAGCAGUGGUUGUCUCAUCUAAAUUUGAGGUAUAAAGUUUAACUCUGUUACUUUGUCAGUCAUAGUUUAUUGUAGGUCUAUUUUACUUUAAUGCUUAACAAGUGUUGUUGUAAGCAAAACCUCUUAAAGCCACAAGAAACUUUGAGAAUAAGCGCAUAUUCAAAUCCUGUGUUUUGAUUUUUUUUUCAUUUGGCUCACACUUUUUUAUUUAUACAUUCUGGUGGACACAUUGAAGUUCUUAAAUGCUGGAAUAGUUCACUCCUUAAGUUCAACUGAAAGAAUGAGGCAUGAUGUGGGACCCAGUAUCUGUUCAUAUUACAUCCACUUCAACACUGCUGUAGCACUGCUGUAUUGUUGAACAGCAGAAAUGUAUUAGCUGAUCUCUCUCUCUCUGUACACACACACACACAUAUAUAUAUAUCUAACUAUCAAUCUGCUUCGUACUGGUCAUGGCGGCUGAUAUAUUUCAUUUGAACUCAUUCACUCAGCCCAGCUCAGAAUACUUUCACAAGUUUAAUGGGAUUGUUUUGUCAUUAUCACUUACCUCAGCAAAGAGAAGCAGUUUCAGAGAAAAAACAAAAUGCCGUGGACUGACCCUGAUGUAGCAAAGACGGUCAAUCUAGACUUGCUCCCUCUUUUGGGCUCAACCAGCUACUGCCUGGUGACAAAUAAUGCCUUGACAUGACUCAGACUUCGGCCUAGGACCGGAUGAUGUAACGGAAGCCAACUGCAAGGAUGGUAUGGUCAAUCCCACGGUCAGAAAGGACAUGAAAGACUCUCAGAAGCUUUACUGCUGCCCCAUUGAGGGUUGUCCCAGAGGACCAAAUAGACCCUUCUCCCAGUUUUCUCUGGUUAAACAACAUUUCAUGAAGAUGCAUGCAGAGAAGAAACACAAGUGCUUCAAAUGCAACCAUGGCUACAGCACAGAGUGGGACCUGAAGAGGCACAUAGAGGACUGUGGCAAGACCUACCACUGUACAUGUGGCUGCCCCUAUGCUAGUAGGGCUGCACUGCUUUCACAUAUCUACAGGACAGGUCACGAAAUUCCUACAGAACACAGAAUUCCUCCAGUAAAAAAGCGAAAGAUGGAGAAAACAUUAAGCGGUCCAGAAAAGGUUAAGACCGAUGAGCAAACCUGUCAAAUCGUGGUUGCUGGUAAAGAGCUGAUAGAGACUUCUCUUCCCUCUGAUACACACCUUCAUAUCCCAGACUCAGUUAGUCAGAACCCAAACCCCCGCAAGAGCCUCCAGAAGUUGCUCCUACCAAAGCCAAAGAUGGCUUUGGUCAGUGUUCCUGUGAUGCAGCUUGCCCAUCUGCCUGUCCUUCUUCCAUCCACAGAAAGUGGAGCUUUGAGGUCUGUAGUGUUGGCAGUGGACAGCCAAGGCUCUGUCAGCACACUUCACCUUCUGCCGCAAGCCACAGGAGCUGUGGUACCCCAAUUUGAUGCUAAGAGUUUGGGUUUCAAGGACAGCAUGCCGACUUCCCGCUCUAGCCUGGGACCCAUUAGCACGGGGGUGCAGGUCAGUCUACACCCUGCAAGCACAGAGGACACAGCCGGCAGCCUGGCAGGAGAACGAGGAAGAAGCACAUCCGCUACCAUUCAGACAGACAAAUCGUAUUUGGCAAAAAUGCCUACAGGAGAAGGGGUUAGUGAGGGAAUAGGCUUGUGCCCGGUGGUUGAGUCCUCAGUGUCAUCCUGCUCCCAAACAGACAUCAGCGUCAGUGCUCAAGUCCUUCUUCCGGUCAGUGUUCAGACCCAGACGUUCUCCUCACGGGCCAAAGCCACGUCCUCUAUUGGAGCUCAGACAGACAGUCAGUGCAUGAACCAAAUUCCUUGCUCCUCCUCAUCUGUGCCGCCGUACAAAACCAGGCAGACGCAAACAUACGUUGCCAUGUCGCAAUCGGAGGAGAAGGCUCAGAACCAGGCUAUCAUGUGCUCUGACCUAUUUGGCAGUGAUUCACUCAGUGUGUCUACCCAGACAGCCCUGGACAUAGAUGACACCCUCACUGUUGCAGGGAGCAGUAUAUAUGAGGAGUCAAAGGCAACAGCGGGUGGUAUGUGUUUUGGGGUGCAGACAGAUGAGCUCAAUUCAAGUAACAUGGCAGAUAACCAGACACAAACAAUGACCUUGUUAAGCGACCUAGAAAACAUUCUUUCUGACAGCAUGUCAGGUCAUCAGGUGCUGACUGAGGCCUCUGCAGGCUGUGGGUCAGGACUGGGUGCUGUUCAGGAGCAACACAAUGGAAUUGACUUUGACUUUGAAGAGUUUCUCAGUGCUGUGCACAUCCAGACACAGACAGAGGAGAGUGAGUUGGGAGGGCUGGGUGGUGACACGCCGCUGGAGUCUCUGGACAUCCAGACGCAGACGGACUUCCUCCUGUUGGAUGAAGUGGACCAAAAUCGAACCCAAGCCAACGACCUGGAGCUGUUUGAUAUUCAAACUCAGACUGACCUCAAUUUCCUGCUAAGUGCCGGAAGCCACAUGCCCCUGAGCAGCAUCCUGCGACAUUCAAGCUUUUCUAUGAGCACCGAGUCCUCAGACACUGAAACACAAACAGAUCUCCCCUCAUUUGCUACAGGUCUCUCUGCUCAGACCCCUGUUGGUCAGGGUGAGCAUGCAAGACUGCUGAACAGCACAGAGACACAGACUGUGACCAGCCAGUCAGAAGGCCUGGGACACCUCUUCUUGACGAGUAACGAAACACAGACUGUCAUGGAUGAUUUCUUGUCAGCAGACCUGGCGUGGAAUAUGGAGUCCCAUUUCAGCUCUGUGGAAACCCAGACAUGUGAGGAGCUUUGUGCUCUCUUUCAGCACCCUGAGAAACCCAACAGCUGAAGCCCUCUUUGUCAAGCUGCCUAAGCUUUUUGCAGUACAAGUUUCUCAUGUCUGCCUUUUCCUACAAAAGGGAUAAGUCUACGCUGUCCUCCAGCGGAUCAUAGUCUUAGCAGAAAGAAGCCUGCGAAAUUGUCUUUAAACAUUCCACUGGAGACAACAUGUCCAGAGCCUUUCCAGGUAUAUAUCCUGACAGCUCCGCUGCACUUUAUUAGCUUCAUGGGCAUGAAUUAUCAACUCUUGUCAAAGUUUACAUAUUUAUUUGCACAUAAAGUAACAUAUUGUAUGUGUCUUGACUGAAAUCCCAGUUUACUUCUUUAUUUCAGUGUAUAACCACUGUGAAUGGUUUUCACUGCUUGGUCUUACUAGUGGUUUAAAAAAAAGAGUCAAUAUUUCAUCAGUGUUAGAUCUGCACUUAAAAGGGAUGACAUCUUUAGCUGUGUGUGGCUAUCAAAAAAGAUUUAUGAAGUAGUUGCCCUGUAUGACCACUUUCAAAUAUGCCUAUACUGCAUGAAAACAGUAUGAUCUCAGCUGUACAGCAAACAACAUUGUGCAUUUGGUUUGGUGUAUAUUGGAAUGUGCUUGAAGUCUUCAUUUAGUCAGCAGCACAGAAGGAUAAAACAUCUGUUCUCAUCUUGUACAUCUGAUGCUGCCUCCAUUGUUGCCUUGUCAGCGGCAGCAAGACUAUAAACUGAAUUACAUUCUCUAACCUCUGCAGAUAGUGGAAAAUCCUCUUGACCAGUAAGAACAUAUCAGCUUUAGUUUAGUUUUUCAAAAUAAAACCCCACGAGGCCUCUAACUAUGAACAAGUCAUUGCUCAAUGGCGUUAAGAUGCAUCUCUGAAACAUACCAUUACUCAUACAGAUGUGGCACAAGUAAAAACUAAAUGUUUUUUGUCUUGUCAGUUGUUGCACACCUUUCAUUGAAAUGUGAUUGUGUGAAGUAUGAUGUUCAUGUUGUGUAAAUACUUUUUUUGUGUGCGAGUCUGCGCCUUUGUAGGUAAGAAGCCCAUUCGAGUCAGUAAGCAGAGUAGGCUGUCAUUGUCUGUGACUUAUUCAUUAGCUGGCUGUAAGUGUAUACAGUAGCCGUCCUCAGUAAUGUUACUGUACAGAAACAUAAUGGAUUAGAGCAAGGAUUAGCAUAGAGCUAUCAUCUGUAUUCACCAGCUGCUUUUGACUGAAAGGAGUCCUUUUUAAUAUAUUCCAUUAAACCCAUCAGCUUUUCCACUCUUAACAAUUGGACACAGUAUUUUAAUUUAUUUUUUCUUUCUUUCUAAACUUGAUGUUUUCAUUCUGAUUCUUGAUAAUGUUACCUCAUUAAGCACAGGCACCACAUGCAGAUUACAGCAUGCUUUACUGAGGAACCUAGAGUUAUAGGCCUUGAUUAUUUAUUCAUUUUGUUACGUUGGUGCCUUAACCCAAGUAUUAGCUUUAGUUCUGUUGCAUACAGUUUGCUGCUUUAUAAUCAUAACCGGACUUACUACUACUAGAAUAUGUUUUGGAAAAUGAACACUGAAAAAUUGUCAGAAUCUAUUCGUUCUUUGUUUUGCAUGUUUAAUCCAUUGUGUUUUCAUCAUGAUUGCAUGAACUAUUGGAAUGUCCCUAAUUGUUCUCCAUAGGUUCUAUGGAAAGGUUUAUGUUCUGUCAUGUGAAAACAGUGCUAUGCAGCAUUUUAUUGAAGAGAACUUGCUUGACGCCAUCUCGCUGUUUUUAUGGAUGGAUUGUUGGUUAAUGAUGUUACAGUUUGUACUGUAGAUGUUUGUAAGAACUGAAGAAUGUAGAGAACAUGACACUGUGCCCAAGUAUAACAUGCUCUGUUUCUUGCACCACGUCCAAACAAAUUAAGGAUCAUUUCCAUCUAUUAGUGACAGACGGACACUCACACUUAAAUUUCAACAUUUCUUGUGUUGACAUUAGUUCUUCUAGUUUGUCAUUCUUGAAUUCAAACACAGCAUAACUGCCCCCUGCUGGCUUAGUGACACAGGAAAAUGCUUUGCUUGAAACAGAACUGUGUGUAGAAGCCUUGUCAGUCACAAGUGUCAGUUACAGUGCUUUUAUUUUCUCUCUUUCGUGAGUGCAUGCAGAUAUUUUCCCUGCACAAAAUAUUUGUUCUGGCAGAAUUUGAGUUUCUGUUGCCUGUAAGUUAAUGGCUGCCUUGAUUAAUUGUUGAAGCUACACUACAGAUGUUCUUAAUAAACUGCUCUAAGGUG